CGGUACAGUAUAAACUAUUUCCAUCAUUGUGUAGUAAGAGCAGACAGACAGAUGAUGGAUUAUAUUGGUCAUCGACGGGAGCUGGACGACUUUUCCGCGUGUUCAACGAGUGUUUAGGAGCUGCAUGCGUCGUAUAAUAAAAAAUAAAAAGAGAAGGUAUCUGUCGCUGGUAUCCCCGCACGUACACACACAAUGGGACAAUGGGUAACGGUGUGCGAGAGAAGAAAUGGCCUACUAGUAAGUUUGAUGAAUUACGAAAAUGAACUAAUACCCGGCCGGGCCGGCGGCGGCAGCUGUGCGAUUCGACGUACAGCGAUUAGCAGCUUAACCACGCACGCGUCACGUGACUGGUAGAAAAUACGAACGUUUACAGGUAAGAGGGACGUGUCACCACCAAGUGUGGCUUUAGGCGACACAUUAUUAUUAUUAUUAUUCCAAGCAUUAGCCUCCACCGUCGGGAACUCGAGCGGCAGCCCGCUUCCGCUCUCCGGGACAGGCGCGCUCCAUACGUGCUCGUCCCCGAGGCAGUACGUGGCGACGCGAUGACGUGGCGCCCCGUCGACGCCUCGCCUCGCCUCGCAGUGCGGACCGAGGCCAGGCAAAAUGGCGGCUGCGGACUGUGCGCGAGCAGCCGCCCCGAGCAGAUGACGGCGGAGCGCUGAGGGAGCGAAGGAAGGAAAGGACAGCGAAACACAGACAGAGACACGGAGACAGAGUCAGACAGCGGGAGAGGCGGGAGAGACGGAGGCAGGCAGGCAGGCAGGCAGAGGGAGGAAGAGAGCGAGAGAGAAAGAGAGAGGCGGCGGCGGCCCCACCAGCGCGCGCGCGCACACCACCAUGGAGGACAUCAACUCUAACAUCAAGGCGGACCUGGAGGUGCGCAAACUGCAGGAGCUCGUGCGGAAGCUCGAGCAGCAGAACGAGCAGCUGCGCAGCCGCUCCGCGCUCCUCUCCUCCUCCUCCUCGUCCUCCUGCUCCUCGACCACCUCCUCGUCCUCGCCAGCCGGCAGCUCCGGGACCGGGGCUCCGAGCGCCUCCGCCGCCGCCGCCGUCCGCCCGCUCAGCGGCGGCUUCGAGGCGGCGGCGGCGACCCUGUCCGCGUUCGCGGCGCCGCGAGGCCUCGGGAACGCGCGCUGCGGGAGCCCGCGCCGCUCGUACGACGGCAGCGCGCUCUUCCUCGGGAGGAGCGUGAGCGGCGACGGGGCGUCGGCCGCCACCGCCCCCGUCAUCAUCGCCCCCGUCGUCGUCGGACUGCCGGCCGGCUGCUGCGGGGACGCGCCGGAGCGCGCGGACGAGGCCGAGACGUCGGUGCUGGACGAGGUGGAGGUGCUGGACCUCGAGGACAUGGACUGUCUGCAGGAGGACGAGGACAGCUGGCUGUAUGAGACCAAGCUCAGCAGCCCCCUCCAGAAGGCAAUGAGCCCCGUGGUUUGGUGUCGCCAGGCCCUGGACAACCCGAGUCCCGACAUGGAGACGGCCAAGCGCUCCUUGCUGCACCGCCUCGACCUCAUCAUGUCAGCCAACAAGAGGCGGAGUCUGUACGGCAGUCCUUACAGCCCCGCCGUGGGCUACAGCAGCCCAUUCAGCCCCAGCGGAGGAAACAGCCCCUACAGCAGCGGCUUCAACUCUCCGUCGUCGACGCCGGUGCGGCUGCCCAUCGUUAAGCAGCUGGUGCUGCCUGGCAGUGCAGGACACCAGCGGAGCACAGUGGACAGGAACCCCCCUGCGGUCAGUCCCCAGUCCUCGGUGGACAGCGAGCUGAGCACCUCCGAGAUGGACGAGGACUCGGUGGGCUCGUCCACCACCUACAAGCUCAACGACGUGACGGACGUGCAGAUCCUGGCGCGCAUGCAGGAGGAGAGCCUGAGGCAGGAGUAUGCUGCUACUGCGUCUCGCCGCAGCUCGGGCUCCUCGUGCCACUCCCUACGGCGCAGCACGUUCAGUGACCAGGAGCUGGACGCCCACAGCCUGGAGGACGAGGAGGAGGCGGUGCACCCCGCCUUCCACCCGCCAAUCAACCGCUUCAGCCCCUCCCCCCGGCACUCGCCGCGCCCUUCGCCGCGACACUCCCCCAGGAACUCCCCCCGCUCCCGCUCGCCGGCGCGCUCUCUCGAAUACAGCCGCGUGUCGCCGCAGCCCAUCAUUAGUCGACUCCAGCAGCCCCGCCUCUCCCUGCAAGGCCACGCCCCUGACCUGCAGACCAAUGUGGUGAAAAAUGAAGAGAAGCUGAGGCGCAGUCUUCCGAACCUGUCGCGGGCGAGCGGGGCCCCUGUGGCGGAGCCCGUCAAGAACAGCCGCAGCUGCGAGUCCAAUCUGCAAGUGCCAAACGGGGGGUCCCCGCGGCACCAACCGCAGCCUUCCACACCACCCCAAGGGCACUCAAACGCGUCCCGUUCCUCCCCGAAAACCAAACAGCUCCUCCAGAGCCCGGCGUCUUUAAGAGUCAAAGUGUCCUGUUGUUUUGGGGAAGACAGAGACUUCAUCCCCUCCCCUAGCAAGCUCCGCACCCCAGCCACGCCCUCCCCACUGGCCCUGCGGCAGCCCGUUAAGGCGGUCUCCAGCCCGGGACCCGCCCCCUCUGGCCUGCCUGCCCCAGUUGGUGGAAAUGCCACGCCCUCCCGGCCCCUUGGCCCCGCCCGCAGCGGCCUGCCGCGCCCCAGCGCCUCCACAGGGGGCGGCGGCAUCCCGGUGUCUCGCAGCCGACUGGCUCAGCCCGUGCGCAGGUCUCUACCUGCUCCUCGGAGCUUCAGCGGUAUGAAGGACGACAGCUGGAAGGAGGGCUGCUACUGAGGGAGACUUCGCCCCGGGAAAAAAGGGCGGAGCUGUGGGGCAAAGGUCACAAUACGGCACUUUAUUUGCGACACCGGGCGUUUUUAGAAAAUGAGAAUGAGAUCAAAGCAUAAAAGUCACAUGGAUUUUCCACACAAUCGGAACCUCGCGCGGUGUCUCGGCACCGGAACCACAACAGACCCACGGUCCUGCCCGUGACGCACCCCUCCCCGAGAAUGCCAAAGAACCAAGAGAGACCACAGCCCACGUCAAACCAGGCGGCCCCACCCGAGACGCGGUCGUGCCCGGGCCACGAAGCCGCCUAGAUGCGUCUCUCCAUCAGGAACCCAGCGACGGCCCUGCCGGACCACCCGGUUCCGGUACUUGAGCUCUGCUCUGUAACUAUGCAGGGGUUCUCCAAGCGGACGAUGACCUCUGACCCAGGAACGCCCCCUGCCUCAUUUCAUGCCUGUCAAGUGCCUGAGUUCUUCAAUCCAAAUGUUUGUGUUGCUUGUACUUUUCUGGCCUGUGGUGAGACCUCCAUGGGGUCAGGACCUAAACUGACAGCAAGGCGGAGCAUCUCAUCCCACGAUGGCUUCCUCUCUGGCUCCACUUCCUCACUCUCUGACCCCGCUUCCAGGGAGGCCUGUUAGCUGGAGCUCUCAAGCUCUCAGUCCUUGAAGGGGGUGGGGGGUUCUUUGUUACCAGAAUGUUUGUUCACUCUCUUUUCAGCGUUUCUGCAUGGCCCUGGGUUUGACAAGCAUUAAGGGGACUGUCACUUUGAUUUAAAACAUUUAUUUAUUUAAAAUACCUCCUUUGAAAUAUGUAUUCAUCUGCAGUUUUUUUCUUUUCUUUUCUUUUUUGUUUGUUUUACAUUUUUUGUUGUUAAAAAUCAGUUGCAAGGAUUUUCCUCCCUAGUGUUUUAGUAACAACUGGAACGAGGGGGGCGCAAACCCACAGCGGCGAACAGGAAGAAGCGUCUUUUCCCCGCUGCGGGUGGCUCAUGUCGACUGCUGGAGCGCCCCGCUCUGGUGCUUGAGGGUGACGGCGAGCGUGUUUCGCGCCCAGUGGGCACGGCUCACGCAAGCAGCUGUUAAAAUAAUGUAGCGACCCCAGGAAGCUGCCGAGGCGCCUGGACGAAUGUCAUCGCCGCGGUUCGAUAAUCGGCAAAAGGCGCGGGAGGCACCGAGGGGCCAGCGGACGGGGGAGGCCCUCCGGUGGCUUGGGGUCGGCGCGGCCUUUCGGCCGCAAAGUGCGUUAGCCAUUUAUACCGAAACUAGUGCCUAUGAUUUCCGCCUGUUCCGAGGGGACUUUUCUCUCGACUGUGUUUUUUCGUUUGGUGCCAACGGCUUUGAUUUGCCAACAUAUCCCAGAAUGCACUUGGCUCCUUCACUGCUUUUGGUUUCCACGAUUCCAGUAAUUCUGUGUAUUUUCUCUCGUUUGCAAUUGCACCAAAGGGUGGCUGUGGUCUUGGUCUGAGUAAGCGGAACCUGCCAAGGUUCGAAUCCCACCUGCGGUCCGUUCGCAUUCUCGCUUUCCUGGGACGUGACGCUACGGCCGAAGCGCGGUGUCCCACUUCGUGAGACGACCACACGCCCCUCGACGACACAUUUACAAUUGCUUCUGAGGAGUAUGUACAAUAUGCGCCUUGAUAUUUAAAAGUAAAUAAAUCUGUAAAGGACUUUAUUUAUUGAAGGGGCGGCGCCCGCGUGGCUCUCGGCUUUGCUGUCGGCCGGUUGCCAGGCGGUCGCUGCUGGGUGGUCGUUGCUAGGUGAUGAGCGUUGCCAUGUUGUGUGAUCAUUUGUUUACCAACUUUUAUAUUGUCACAGACUAUACUUUGUUUCCCCAUGUAAAUUCACGUUUGAAAUAAAAGUGCGACCACGGCUGCUCUCGGCCCGCUGCUCUUCUUCUGUGC